AUGUCUGAAUCGUGGCAGGAUUCCGAAAUGGACUCCAGAGACGAUAUUGAAAGCACCGAGGGCGAUACCCGCCUAGACGCGUCUAGGUUAGAUGCGAGCUAUCUUGGGUCAUCUGAGCACAUCAACAGUGAGGAGGACUACGAAGACGACGAGAUUGACGGAGACGAUGUCGAGGUGGAAUAUGAUGCUGAUGCUGAUGACCGAAUUAAUGUUGCAUUUGAAAACGGCCUGAACACAAUUGAAUCAUGGGGAUUGGUCGACAUUGGAAACCUGGCACAUUGGUCGGUUUCCUCGUUCAAACAGGGUUGUGGAAUCAAAGAGCUACGAGAGGAUAAUCCAUUUUCGUAUUGGCAAAGCGACGCGCUGCAGCCGCAUUUCAUUGAGAUUCACUUUACCAAGAAGAUCAGCAUAGAAAGGCUUUCUUUGUUCAUGGACUACAAGUCUGAUGAAAGUUAUACCCCCUUGCAAAUCACGGUUUUUGCCGGUAGCGGCGAACAUGAUUUGGCGGAGGUCAAAACCUCCGAGUUCGUGGAACCUUCUGGCUGGGAACACAUUGUCUUCGAGGGGAUUCGUCACGAUAAUUUACUGAAAUGUUUUUAUCUCAAAAUUGUGUUUCUGUCCAAUCACCAAAAUGGAAAAGAUACCCACGUGAGGUGUUUGAAGGUUUUGGCUCCGGUUUCCAAGACCUCCAUGAGCAAUAAUGCUGCUGAUCUGGGGGUCUCGUUCACCAGUAGCAGCUUAAUAAGUGAGAGUGUUUUGAGGUAA